AUGGUAUAUGGAAAAGCCUGCCACCUACCAGUUCAGCUAGAACACAAGGGAUACUGGGUGAUAAAGAAACUAAACUUUGACGCACAACUCGCUGGGGAGAAACGAUUACUCGAUCUGAAAGAAAUAGAGGAGUUUCGAGCGCAAGCAAAAGAAAAUGUCAAGCUCUACAAGGAAAAGACCAAGAAGCUCAAACUCUUCCCGAGAAAACUGAAGUCACGGUGGUCAGGACCAUUCAAAGUCCACCAUGUUUACCCUUACGGCGCUGUUGAUAUUAAGAACAUGGAUGAUGAGUCCAUCUUUAAAGUCAAUGGUCAGCGCCUGAAGGCUUACCAGGCAGUCCCGCCAUUACGUGACAAGUCGGCGAUUCUCUUGCAUGACGUCGAUACUAGCCCAGGAUAUUCCACAUGGCUAGCACGUGAGGUGUAUGGUGAAAGCUUGUGA